AUGGAUUACCAUAGCGGCGCACUUCCAAUGAGGCCGUCUCACGGCCGACUUCAUGAUGUGGUAAUGACGCUGACGCAACGUGAUGACGUCAUGUACACACACGCUGACGUCGGGCAGAACCCGCACGAUUUUCGGACCGAGCUGACUGAGCAAUAG